CCACCUUGCCGCGAUUGGCUGCUCCCCUUUGCGUCGACGGCUACGGGUAUCCCGGCGAUGGAGCUCCUCGCGUCAUCUCCGCCGCCGCUGUUCCCCUGCCGGCGUUCAGGUACUCUCCAUAAGCAUUUCCACGCGGUAGCACCAGGAAUAUCCUGCAGCUCUGGGGAGACCUGCAGAACGGCGAUCUGCAGGGCUGCAGAGAUCCAUGGUCCCGAACAAGUAAAGGGAAGGGAACCACUAAGGCGCGGCACGGUCAGUCCGCGCCUCAAGGUGCCCGAUCACAUCCCCCGACCACCUUACGACGGCACCGAUCAACUACCAGAUGUAAAUCCUGACCGGCAAAUGCAUGACAGUGAGAGCAUUGUCCGUAUGAGAGCCGCAUGUAAGCUCGCUGCCCGGGUUCUUCAGUAUGCAGGAACAUUGGUGAAACCCUCCAUGACGACAGAUGAAAUCGACAGGGAAGUUCAUCGGAUGAUCAUCGACGCCGGUGCUUACCCAUCUCCCCUUGGAUAUGGUGGGUUCCCAAAGAGUGUCUGCACGUCAGUGAAUGAGUGCAUCUGCCAUGGAAUUCCUGAUUCGCGCGCGUUAAGGGAUGGGGACAUCAUCAACAUUGAUGUUACUGUCUACUUGAAUGGAUACCAUGGUGACACCUCAAGAACAUAUUUCUGUGGAGAGGUCGAUGAACCUACUAAGCAGCUUGUGAAGGUCACUGAGGAGUGUAUGCUGAGGGGCAUAUCAGCCUGCAAACAUGGUGCUAGCUUCAAGACAAUUGGAGAGAGAAUAAGUGAGCAUGUCAACAAGUACGGCUACAGCGUGGAUCCCUUUGUGGGGCAUGGAGUUGGGACGAUCUUCCAUUCAGAACCCAUCAUAUGGCACACUUAUGAUUACGAGCCAGGAUUCAUGGUUGCAGGCCAGACAUUCACAAUCGAGCCUACGUUGUCCAUGGGGAGCACGCGGUGUGAAGUGUGGGACGACGGCUGGACCGCCAUCACAGUGGACGGCAGCCUCAAUGCACAAUUCGAGCAUACGGUGCUGGUCACGGUUGACGGCGCAGAGGUUCUCACCAAGUGUUAAAAGGAUAUUCGAAUGGCGCGUAUAUGUCACUUGACGAGAAAGCAUAGCAAGAUUGAAUCUGCAAAGCUCUCUGAAGCCCAACACGCCUUCUUUCUUUGGCCUAAACAUCUUGUCCCAGCUUAUCCAAUGUAUCUUCAUCUCCUCACCCUUCUGAGCCCACAAGAACCUACCAAUCCUCGUGGUCAUAUGGUUGCAAACGUCCUUUAUUAGUUCGAAGCAAGACAUGUCACAGACUCACAGUGUAGGCUUUGAUCAAUGUAUCCUUACCGCUUUUGGAUGAGAUCCUUUCAUUGUCCUUGAAUCCUUUGCUGCAUUCUAUCUUGCAAAUACAUGAACGUACCUAAAUACAUUCUGCAAGCUUCAGUAUCAAUCUGCAAAUACUGCAAGCACCCGGUCAUGAUCCCAUUGUGGUGUACGCUGUCUGCCAUUUCAUAUAAGUGAAGUACAGUUCCACAGAUGAUUUGUACUCUCCUCAUAAGCUUUUAAGAGUAUCGAAAAAAAUGCUGGGAAUAAAUGUGUAAUACUUGGGCUGGCUGACAAACUUGGAUGCCUUGCAAUAUUCCAUCUUCAUCGACUUUAUUCCACUGACAAGAGAAUCCCUCCGCACACAAGAAUAAGUAGAGGUGUCAAAUUGUCAAUGGAUUACCUUGAUGUAUUCCUUAUGAGGUAUAAUCAAAUAUGAACAUGAUCCAUUCACCCGCACACAAUAUGUUACCAU